CGUGCACAACCUUUCCCUCUAGUAGCGAUCUAAUUUAUCAGCCCCAGAGAGAGUGCCCAUUGCGAACCCAAGGCCGAGCGAAAUCAAGGGGAAACGAGACACAGCGACGACACCGGUGAGGUAGGCAGAAGGCGAUGACGUCCGCCGCGGUGGAGAAAAAGCAACCUGCAGAGGUGGAGGGCGAGAUGUGCGCGCCAGCGGCGAGGUGAGAGGAGGCGGAGGCGGAGGCGAGGGGUUGCGGUAGUACUACGUUCAGCACAUCCAUGAUCUCCAGCUCUAGAUCAGGCAGAAGGCGAACAACCUCCAGCGCCUCGAGGCCCAACGGAACGAUCUCAACUCUCGCGUCAGAAUGCUCCGAGAAGAGCUGCAGCUGCUUCAGAAGCCUGGUUCGUAUGUUGGAGAGCCAGAGAGGUGGUGAAAGUGAUGGGGAAAUCCAAGGUCCUAGUCAAGCAUUGGUACUAUAUUUUCCUUCGAUUCAAAAAAGGCAGGCUUCUGGACCUAUGUAUUGCUACAAAGAUGGAAAACUCACUGCAUUGGAGGAAGCAAACCAGCCUGAUGGAAUAUAUGUUCAUGAAAAGUGCGUUGUAUGUUGGUCACUCGAAACCCCUAACGUGACUGUCUUGCUAAGCGUGUUCCGCGGGGCAACAGAAGCUUCUCGGAUAAUACCUACGCCGUCUCGUUUCGACUGCAAGCCCAGCAGGAAGUGCCAAUUACCCAUCGCUAGGGUUUUGUGUCUGCUCCCCUUGAUCGAGGUAGGAUUUUUCCUUGGACCGAUGGCAGCCCUGCAACCGUUUUCAUGCGGAGUGGUCGGAGCGCGGAGUUUUCCUUUGUUCGAAGGUCUCCGUCUUGCCCCAACCGCCGCUCGCACCUCUUCCUGUUCUGGAACACGAGGGAUGGCGCUAAAAAGGAGUUUUUCUGGACUUGUCGUCAAGGCUGCUACAGUUAUCGCUCCCAAGUACACAUCUAUCCAGCCUGUGGGUGAUAGAGUCUUAGUUAAGAUCAAGUCUUCUGAGGAGCAAACCAGUGGAGGAAUACUUCUGCCUACUACUGCUCAGACAAAACCUCAAAGUGGUGAGGUUGUUGCUGUUGGAGAAGGUAGAACAAUUGGGAAAAUUGAAAUAAAAAUUGGAAUUGAGGCUGGUAAACAAGUCGUCUACUCAAAGUAUGCUGGAACAGAACUUGAAUUCCAUGGAUCGAAUCAUCUAUUGUUGAAAGAAGAUGACCUCAUUGGUAUUCUUGAAACGGACGAUAUCAAGGACCUCAAGCCACUCAAUGAUCGUGUUCUAAUCAAGGUGGCAGAAGCGGAAGAGAAAACUGCUGGCGGUUUACUGCUAACUCAGGCCACAAAGGAGAAGCCUUCGGUGGGGACGGUGAUUGCCGUGGGCCCUGGCAAUUUAGAUCCAGAAGGCAAUAGAACACCAUUGAAACUCGAAGCUGGGAGCACCGUCAUGUUUUCCAAGUAUGCUGGAAGUGAGUUCAAAAGCAGCGACGGUGCAGAAUUCAUUGUUCUGAGAGCAUCAGACGUGAUGGCAUCCCUCUCUUCGUAGGCUAGUCUUGCGCCAACAUUAAUUUUAUUGAAUCUAAUAUCCUGUUCUGAGAUUAUUCUCCAACCAUGGCUUUAAGAUUUAUAUUAUUUAGUUAAAACUAAUUUGUAUACAACCUAUCAUUUCUUUAAAAUUGCUGGGAACAUUUUGAAGCAA